CGCCUGCGCUCCGCCGCUCUCGCCAUCUUGGCUCUGUGGAGCUGCUGCCGCCGCCGCCGCCAAACAAACCCGCCGGUCCCUCCGCCGAUGUACCGGGCGCGGCCGGGCAGGGAGGCCGAGCCCUGUGGGAGCACGAGGACGGAGGAAGGAUGCCUGUGGUGUGGCCAACCCUUCUGGAUCUCAGCAGGGAUGAAUGCAAGAGGAUCCUUCGCAAAUUGGAACUGGAGGCAUAUGCAGGAGUUAUUAGUGCCUUGCGUGCUCAGGGUGACCUUACUAAGGAAAAGAAAGAGCUCCUUGGAGAACUUUCCAAAGUACUUAGCAUUUCAACAGAACGCCAUCGUGCUGAAGUUCGGAGAGCAGUAAAUGAUGAACGGCUAACAACGAUUGCGCAUAAUAUGUCUGGACCAAAUAGCUCUUCAGAAUGGUCAAUAGAAGGUCGUCGCCUGGUGCCAUUGAUGCCACGGCUUGUUCCACAGACAGCCUUUACUGUAACAGCUAAUGCUGUUGCCAAUGCAGCUGUUCAGCACAAUGCAUCGCUUCCAGUUCCUGCAGAAACUGGGAACAAAGAAGUGGUGGUUUGCUAUUCCUACACAAGUACCACUUCAACCCCAACAUCUACCCCUGUUCCAAGUGGCAGUGUAGCAACAGUGAAGUCCCCCAGACCUGCCAGUCCAGCCUCCAAUGUAGUCGUCUUGCCAAGUGGAAGUACUGUUUACGUCAAAAGUGUCAGCUGCUCGGAUGAUGAUGAAAAGCCACGUAAAAGACGGCGAACUAAUUCUUCUAGUUCCUCCCCCGUUCUUCUGAAAGAAGUCCCAAAGGCUGUCACUCCUGUCACUAAAACUAUCACAGUGCCUGUAAGUGGCAGCCCCAAAAUGAGUAAUAUCAUGCAGAGCAUUGCCAACUCCUUGCCGCCGCACAUGUCUCCUGUGAAAAUAACCUUCACUAAGCCCUCAACACAGACGACAAACACGACAACACAGAAGGUGAUCAUUGUAACCACUUCUCCAAGUUCAACGUUUGUGCCCAACAUUCUCUCCAAGUCCCACAACUACGCAGCAGUCACCAAACUUGUCCCAACGUCUGUCAUUGCCUCAACUACUCAGAAGCAGCCAGUGGUUAUAACUGCUUCUCAGUCUUCUUUGGUCAGCAGCAGCAGUAGUAGUAACAGCACUACCACCACCACCACUUGUUCCACUCCCUCCUCCACUGCAAAUACUAUUGCUGUGACUGCCGUAGUAUCAUCAACGCCAUCGGUGGUCAUGUCAACAGUAGCACAAGGUGUGUCCACAUCAGCAAUUAAAGUUGCAUCUACCAGACUACCUUCCCCCAAAAGCUUGGUGGGAAACCCAACUCAGAUUUUAGCACAGUUUCCCAAACAGCAUCAACAGUCCCCAAAACAGCCCGUGCAUCAAAUACAACAGGCCCAGCAGCAGCAGCUGACACAAUCUUCUCCCAUACCUCAACAGCAACCACAGCAAUCUCAGUUGCCACCUGGCAUCAAGCCCACCAUUCAGAUCAAACAGGAAUCAGGUGUUAAAAUAAUCACUCAACAGGUGCAGCCCAGUAAAAUCCUACCCAAACCAGUUACAGCGACUUUGCCCAGCAGUAGCAAUUCACCUAUUAUGGUGGUUAGCAGUAAUGGGACUAUCAUGACAACUAAACUGGUUACUACUCCCACUGGGACUCAAGCAACAUACACACGUCCAACUGUAAGUCCCUCUAUAGGGGCUCGGAUGGCUGGAACUCCAGGCGCCGCCACUUACGUGAAAACCACCAGCGGAAGCAUCAUAACAGUAGUACCAAAAUCGCUGGCUACGUUGGGAGGCAAGAUUAUCAGCAGUAAUAUUGUUUCUGGAACGACAACCAAAAUCACUACAAUUCCAAUGACAUCUAAGCCCAACGUGAUUGUUGUGCAAAAGACUACUGGAAAAGGAACAACUAUUCAAGGUCUUCCAGGGAAGAAUGUAGUCACAACAUUGUUAAAUGCUGGGGGGGAGAAAACUAUUCAGGCAGUGCCAGCAGGAGCAAAACCUGCCAUCAUCACUGCAACGAGACCCAUCACAAAAAUGAUUGUCACACAGCCAAAAGGAAUAGGGUCCACUGUUCAGCCAGCCACCAAAAUCAUCCCAACCAAAAUUGUUUAUGGGCAGCAAGGCAAAACACAGGUGCUUAUAAAACCAAAGCCAGUGACGUUUCAAGCUACGGUUGUGAGUGAACAGACUAGGCAGUUGGUAACUGAAACAUUGCAGCAGGCAUCCCGGGUGGCAGAGGCAGGAAAUUCUUCUCUCCCGGAGGUGAAGGAAGAACCACAGAGCUACACUGAUAGCAGUUCUUCCUCUACAGAGUCGUCCCAGAGCUCCCAAGAUUCCCAGCCUGUUGUUCAUGUAAUCGCUUCCAGAAGUCAGGAUUGGUCAGAACAUGAAAUUGCUGUGGAUACCAGCCCUACAAUAAUUUACCAGGAUGUAUCCAGUGAAUCUCAAUCAGCUACUUCUACAAUAAAAGCCUUGUUGGAACUCCAGCAAACAACAGUGAAAGAGAAGUUAGAAUCAAAACCACGACAACCUACCAUUGACCUGAGCCAAAUGGCAGUUCCAAUUCAGAUGACCCAGGAAAAGAGGCAUUCUCCUGAAAGCCCUUCAAUUGCUGUGGUAGAGUCUGAAUUAGUUGCUGAAUAUAUCACAACUGUCAGUCAUCGCUCACAGCCCCACCAGCAGUCAUCCCAGCCCCAGAGGACUCUGCUGCAGCACGUGGCUCAAUCACAGACAGCAACGCAGACUUCUGUUGUGGUGAAAUCUAUCCCCGCAUCUUCCACUGGCGCAAUUACCCAUCUCAUGCAGCAGGCUUUAAGCAGCCACACUGCGUUUACCAAGCACAGUGAGCAGCUUGGAACUGAGGAAGGCGAAGUGGAAGAGAUGGACACCUUAGAUCCUCAGACUGGCCUGUUUUACCGAUCUGCCCUGACACAGUCACAGGCACUGAAACAGCAGAAACUGAGUCAGCCGCAGCUGGAACAGACUCAACUGCAAGUGAAAACUCUGCAGUGCUUCCAGACUAAACAGAAGCAAACCAUCCAUCUGCAAGCAGAUCAGAUCCAGCACAAACUCCCACAAAUGCCCCAGCUUUCUAUAAGGCAUCAAAAGCUAAACCCGCUGCAGCAGGAGCAGGUGCAGAGCAAACCAGAUGCACAGCCCACCCCUCACCACAUGAUGGCCAAAGAAAGGCAACUCCCUACCUUAGUGGCACAGCCACAGCAAACUGUAGUACAGGUGCUUGCAGUAAAAACCACGCAACAGCUACCCAAACUGCAACAGGCACCAACGGCACAAAAAAUCUACGUACAGCCCCAACCCCCCCAGAGUCAAAUGCAGCUACCUGCCUCUUCAGAGAAACAGCCAGCGAGUCAGGUGCAGCAGCCAAUUAUAACGCAAGGAUCCACUGUUACAAAGAUAACUUUUGAGGGGCAUCAGCCUCCUUCUGUUUCAAAGGUAGCAGGUGGCAAUUCUCUGCCCAAACUGGCAUUGCCAGUUACAAGCCUAUUUCCCAUGCAGGCAUCCGUGAAGACAGCAGUAGCAGACAUUUUGAAAAUGUCUAUGAUGGAAGCUCAGAUUGACACAAACAUAGAACAUAUGGUAGUGGAUCCCCCAAACAAGGCUUUGUCCACUAGUAAACUCGCUAGCGAAGCAGAACCGUCACCUUGUACCCAGGUGCCGAGGGUGAUUGCAGUAGGGAUGACGGCAACUUCCAUCCCCCAGCAACAGAAAUAUAAAGAAUCCUGUUCAAGUCCUCCUGCUGUUGGUCCUACUUUAACAGAGAGGAAACCGGAUGCACAAGGAGUGCCUACAACAAACCAGUUUAUUCACAUUCAGAAUAUAUCACAAAAGAAAGCUGAAGAGAUUUCAUCUGAAAUUAUUAUCCAGACUAUCCCUCAGUAUUCCAUCCCUUGUCACUCCAGCUCCAACGUGGUAGUGGAACCCAGCGGGCUUUUGGAGCUUAACAACUUCACAAGUCAGCGUCUUGCUGAUGAAGAGACAGCAAUGGAACAAGAUGUGGACAGUAGUACUGAGGACGGCACUGGGCCCAGUCCCUCUCAAAGUUCUGCUGAACAAUCCUAGUGAUGCGGGAGACUGGAGUGCACUUUAAAAUAUCUUGGGAAUUGAGUGUCCAAGAUGCCCUUGUAUUGUGAUGUAUUAGAGCACUUUGCCUGUUAGAGUUGUUCAAUGGACCCUUGAAGCAUCAGUGUGUUUUAACGAGGUAGUAUUGCAGAAACCACAUCUUAACUGUUUCCAAAAACAUGUAAUUACCAAGGUGCGUCUGUGACAGUAGAAUGUACUCCUUUAAAAGCAAAUCUCCAGUGAAUUGAAAAGAUGAAUACACUAUGAAGCCCUUGAUUAGGUAUUGAAACCUCUCUCAGUCUAAAGGGCCCUUUGUUUUGUUGCGUUGUUUUUCGUAGCUAUUGAGCAAAAUGCCAUCACAAAAAGAAUAUUUAGAUAUUUGUAUUUUUAAAGAGCAUGUGAGAGGAAAGGUCUUCCUGACAGUGCUGGAAGAGCCCUGGAAAUUUCAGACUUGUUUAGCUUUCUUGCACUUGAGCUCAGUUGGAGUUCAGAUUUUUAAUAAGCCUAAAAAUGUAGUUUAUUUUUUUAAAUACUUGUUGGUGAAUGUUCGGAAAUAAGCAGAAUUGCUAACAGGUAGCAGCGAAGUUUGCUGGUGAAGUUUUGUUUUUGUAUUUUACAAUAAAUACGCUAAUUUAAUGUAAAAGCAUUUCCUCUUGUGCCAUGAGCACAAGAAAUGCUCAUUUUAGUUUAAUUAGUUAACUUUGAUUAUUUAUUUAAAUGUAAAAAUUUAAAACAAGGCCAAGUUAAUUAACAAGUUCCUGUUAAACAGGCAAAUGGUUUCAUUCUAAUGCUGUAGGAUGGGAGAAAUAUUCUCGUUCAAAGCAAAUUUUCAAAACCAGAGGGAGGGAGUAGGAAGUGGGGAACAAGAUGUUGGUUCAAUGUCUAAAGGUUGAAACUGGGUAUUCAGAUGUGUGUUGAGGCUUUUAAAAAUCUGUAUUUUACUCUUACAUGCUGUUUCUAAAAUUGCCUUUUUGAGAAUUUAAAAGUUUAAAUCAUUUACCGUUGUAGGUUUCUGAGGUUAUCAUGAGCCCCAUGAUUUGAAUUGUUCAUGCAAUAUGUUGGUGUUUUGUGAUUGUUACAAGCCAGAGAGAGAGAGAGAGUUGGGUGCAGAUUGGAUGUUAAGAACCAGUUUUAAUAUAUUCUGGUAAUGAAGACAAUAUCUUUUCUUUUUUUUUUUUAAUGUACAUAGAAACAAGUUUUUAACUGUUUUGUAUAGAUUUCAUUAUAAAUAACAAAGCAUUUUAAGACUUAGACGUAUCAUUCAAUUGUAUAUACAUCUAUCAUUCUAACUGCCCAUUUUUUUGGUGCUGAAGUACUACUGUAAGUAGAAUUCAUCCAAAGUCUAAUACAGUUUUUGCGUCAAUCUUU